AUGGACUUUGACUUGACCCCCACGACAUUUCACCGCUUCGCGCAACUCCCGCCGGAGAUCCGCCUGCACGUCUGGUCGCUGGCGCUCUCGGGCCCCCGCACGCUGACCGUCGCCUGCCAGCGAGGCGUCAAUCGCGAAGCUCGCGCCGAGGCCCUGCGCGUCUACGGCGCCCGGUUUCGCACCGAGCACGCGCCAACGUGCAUCUACGUCGCCUUCGACCGCGACGUGCUGCGUCUGACCGAAGACGUGCUGCCCUACGUGGGACCGGAGGAGCGGGCCCGGGUCGAGUCGAUGAUCGUCGAGGUGGCGGAUACGGGGUAUUUCGGGCAUUUUUAUCUGGAGACGCUGCAGCGCAUGCCGCGCCUGCGCGACUUGGUCCUGAUCCUGACCGACAUGCCCAUGGACCCACGUCGAGGGUCCGGGCAGCGUUAUCUCGACACGCUGCGGGCGGAGUUCCGGGAGGCGAUCGAGUCGAGGCCCCAGUGGACGUGUCCCCAUGUGAAGCUGCUGGCGCGCGAUGGCAAAGAGGAGAUGGGGGUGAUUACGGGGCAAAGCGAGAAUGAUAAGUAA